CCUACAUCACUUCCGUUCAUCUGAUCUGUCAGAAAGACAGCGAAAAUGAUGUUGUUUGGAAGAAUUUCGCAAGCCCUCCUACGGUCCUCAAUUAUCCAGACCCGUCAACUCUCUGCCUCAGCGGCCCAUGGUCAUGGAGAGCAAACAGGUAAGCCCACACAAACAUUGCUCAAAGGAAACGAUUUAGUAAUGACAAAGCAUAAACAUUUGUUUGAAGGACAUGAUUCCGUAGUGACCUUGCUAGUUAGCGAACGAAACGUUAGCGUGAGGCAGCGUAAUAACCGCCAACGUUAGUAAUGUAACUAGCUAAGUUAAAUCAACCACAUACACAGGACUCGUUGGCAGUUCAAGUCCCACCUAUACCCAUCCUAUACUAGCCAGAUGGCUUCUAACUACACUACAUGACCAAAAGUAUGUGGAAACCUGCUCGUCGAACAUCUCAUUCCAAAAUCAUUACAUUUUAGUCAUUUAGCAGACGCUCUUAUCCAGAGCGACUUAUAGUUAGUGAGUGCAUACAUUUUUUUUUUUUUUUCAUACUGGCCCCCGUGGGAAUCGAACCCACAACCCUCGCCUUGCAAGGGCCAUGCUCUACCAAAUGAGCUACAUCCCUGCCGGCCAUUCCCUCCCCUACCCUGGACGACGCUGGGCCAAUUGUGCGCCCCCCCCAUGGGUCUCCCGGUCGCGGCCGGCUACGACAGAGCCUGGAUUCGAACCAGGAUCUCUAGUGGCACAGCUUCCUUACACCACUGCGCCACUCGGGAGAACAUGGGCGUUAAUAUGGAGUUGGUCCCCCUUUGCUGCUAUAACCGCCUCCCACUCUUCUGGGAAGCCUUUGUUGGAACAUUGCUGCGGGGAUUUUAUUUGUCACAUGCGCCGAAAACGGGUGUAGACCUUACAGUGAAAUGCUUACUUACAAGCCCUUAACCAACAAUGCCGUUUUAAGAAAAAUAAGUGUUAAGUAAAAAAUAGAUAAUUCAUUAAUAAUUAAAGAGCAGCAGUAAAAUAACAGUAGCGAGGCUAUAUACAGGGUGUACCGGUACAGAGUCAAUGUGCGGGGGCACAGGUUAGUUGAGGUAGUCGAGGUAUUUCUGAUUAAUUUUAUGUUAUUUUAAUGGACAAAAAAAUUGCCUUUCUUUCGAAAACAAGGACAUUUCUAAGUGACCCCAACAUUUUGAACGGUAGUGUACAUGUAGGUAGAGUUAAAGUGACUAUGCAGUAAAAUAAUAAACAGAGUAGCAGCAGCGUAAAGGGGGGUGGAAUGCAAAUAGUCCGGGUAGCCAUUUGAUUAGCUAUUCAAGAGUCUUAUGGCUUGGGGGUAGAAGCUGUUAAGAAGCCUUAGCCUUUUGGAUGUUGUUGCACAUUUUAACAUGCUGGUAGAAAUGAGGUAAAACCGAUGUAACUAGGAGCGCCUCCUCUGGAUUAGCGUUUUCCUGUUUGCUUAUGGCCAUAUACAGUUCAUUGAGUGCGGUCUUAGUGCCAGCAUCAGUUUGUGGUGUUAAAUAGACAGCUACGAAGAAUAUAGAUGAAAACACUCUUGGUAGAUAGUGUGUUGGUGUACGUUAACAUAGCUCGCUAAGUAGCUAGUUUAACAUUGUUAAAUUAGCUAGCUAGCUAGCUAGCCAUAGUGUGUUGAAUGUUUCAUCUCAGACCUAGCUAGCUAGCUAACGUUAGCUCAUUAUUUUCAGGCAAUUAAGAAACCCAAUGUUUCAAAUGUGUUUCACAAUUGUGAUUAACAAUGUCACGGAGAUCAGUUAUAUAACUAGUAGCCUUGCCAGAAGAUCCACUGAGCUGAACUGGGGUCAGAACCAAUGUUCCCUCUAAUUUUUUUCAGCACUGAGCAAAUGUAAGGUCUGCUGAGUGCAAACUUGAACGUUGUGAAAUUUCAGUGCAACUUCCAGCGCGGGUUUACUGUGAACACUGAGGCUGUACCCACUUUAAGUUAGUUUUAACAGUGGCAAAGUAGGCUACUGUGGCUAUUUGAUCAUUAUGUAGGGCUACCAUCAAAAACAAUGGGGAAAAUGCAUCUCAUAACAUUUUAACAUGGAAAUAGCUAUUCUAUCAUUAAGCCUACAGUAGCAGCCAAUGUGUGGAGUUCAAUGUAGGCCUACAUUCCAUUAGACUUUUGAAGAAAAUAACAUGCGGGGCUUGACAUUAACCUGUCCUUCAGACAAGGUGACUGAAAAUGUUGUUUGAUGCAAGAAACCACUUUACAAAAUAAAAUGCAUUAUUAUUCCCAUACCAUUAUUACAGAGAAUCAGACAUUAUGCUACCCUCUGCCUAUUGGCAAUUUAGCUUAUUCAAGCCUGUCUCAAAAUACAACACUGCCCCUUUAAGACAAAAAUAAGCUCUUUAUCUGACUCACUUGUCUAGAAAUGUAGACGUUUUGUGCUCUUGUAGGAAGCAAGCGCUCCUAUUGCUGACUAAAAAUUAUCUAAAACUGGGCUACUAAUUAGCAAAGGAUAUUAUAAAAAUGUGCACACGUGGCUACAUGCAGCUUUCGCGACCGCUCAUGCUGUAAACACAGUCCAGUUCAAAGUAAAUGGCAUAGAUCCAUAUAUGGCUGUGUUCUAUUUAAGCAAUACGGUCCGAGGGGGUGUGGUAAAUGGCCAAUAUACCACGGCUAAGGACUGUUCUUAUGCACGACGCAACGCGGAGCGCCUGGAUACAGCCCUUAGCCGUGGUAUUAUGGCCAUGUGCCAUAUUGCUAUUAGAAACUGGUUACCAAAAUAAUUAGAGCAUUAAAAAGACAUGUUUUGUCAUACCCAUGGUAUACGGUCUGAUAUAUCACGGCUGUCAGCCAAUCAGCAUUCAGGGCUCGAACCACCCAGUUUAUAAUUGCAUAUAGGCCUACUGCAGCUCUGAUUGUUUAUGCUGCACUGGUCUGUGUAGAGUAUGGGCUGAAUCGUGCUGUUCAAUGCAAUAGUAUCCUACUCUCGACGUGUUCUGCAUACAACAAAAUCUCUUGCAUAGUUUGUUUCGGUAUGUUGCAUUGAAAGUGGCUAAUAUUGCAUUGAUUCAAUCACAAUUGCAAAAGUAAAGGGAAACAUUGAUAGUGCUAACAGGAAAAACUCUAGAACAGUGGUCACCAACCUUUUCUGUGUCAAGAUCACGUUCUGAAUCAAAAUGCAAGCUAUCUACAGCUCACAUUUUCUUUUUUACAUGACAUAAAAAACGUAAGCCUAUGCAACAUUAACCAAUUAAAAACAGUACUGUAGCUACAGUGAGGGAAAAAAGUAUUUGAUCCCCUGCUGAUUUUGUACAUUUGCCCACUGACAAAGAAAUGAUCAGUCUAAUUUUAAUGGUAGGUUUAUUUGAACAGUGAGAGACAGAAUAACAAACAAAAAAUCCAGAAAAACGCAUGUCAAAAAUGUUAUAAAUUGAUUUGCAUUUUAAAGAGGGAAAUAAGUAUUUGACCCCCUCAAUCAGAAAGAUUUCUGGCUCCCAGGUGUCUUUUAUACAGGUAACGAUCUGAGAUUAGGAGCACACUCUUAAAAGGGAGCGCUCCUAAUCUCAGUUUUUUACCUGUAUAAAAGACACCUGUCCACAGAAGCAAUCAAUCAAUCAGAUUCCAAACUCUCCACCAUGGCCAAGACCAAAGAGCUCUCCAAGGAUGUCAGGGACAAGAUUGUAGACCUACACAAGGCUGGAAUGGGCUACAAGACCAUCGCCAAGCAGCUUGGUGAGAAGGUGACAACAGUUGGUGCGAUUAUUCGCAAAUGGAAGAAACACAAAAGAACUGUCAAUCUCCCUCGGCCUGGGGCUCCAUGCAAGAGCUCACCUCGUGGAGUUGCAAUGAUCAAUAGAAACGGUGAGGAAUCACCCCAGAACUACACGGGAGGAUCUUGUCAAUGAUCUCAAGGCAGCUGGGACCAUAGUCACAAAGAAAACAAUUGGUAACACACUACGCCGUGAAGGACUGAAAUCCUGCAGCGCCCACAAGGUCCGCCUGCUCAAGAAAGCACAUAUACAGGGCCGUCUGAAGUUUGCUAAUGAACAUCUGAAUGAUUCAGAGGAGAACUGGGUGAAAGUGUUGUGGUCAGAUGAGACCAAAAUGGAGCUCUUUGGCAUCAACUCAACUCGCUGUGUUUGGAGGAGGAGGAAUGCUGCCUAUGACCCCAAGAACACCAUCCCCACCAUCAAACAUGGAGGUGGAAACAUUAUGCUUUGGGGGUGUUUUUCUGCUAAGGGGACAGGACAACAUCAAAGGGACGAAGGACGGGGCCAUGUACCGUCAAAUCUUGGGUGAGAACCUCCUUCCCUCAGCCAGGGCAUUGAAAAUGGGUCGUGGAUGGGUAUUCCAGCAUGACAAUGACCCAAAACACACGGCCAAGGCAACAAAGGAGUGGCUCAAGAAGAAGCACAUUAAGGUCCUGGAGUGGCCUAGCCAGUCUCCAGACCUUAAUCCCAUAGAAAAUCUGUGGAGGGAGCUGAAGGUUCGAGUUGCCAAACGUCAGCCUCGAAACCUUAAUGACUUGGAGAAGAUCUGCAAAGAGGAGUGGGACAAAAUCCCUCCUGAGAUGUGUGCAAACCUGGUGGCCAACUACAAGAAACGUCUGACCUCUGAUUGCCAACAAGGGUUUUGCCACCAAGUACUAAGUCAUGAUUUGCAGAGGGGUCAAAUACUUAUUUCCCUCAUUUAAAAUGCAAAUCAAUGUAUACCAUUUUUGACAUGCGUUUAUCUGGAUUUUUUGUUGUUGUUAUUCUGUCUCUCACUGUUCAAAUAAACCUACCAUUAAAGUUAUAAUAAUAAUAUGCCAUUUAGCAGACGCUUUUAUCCAAAGCGACUUACAGUCAUGUGUGCAUACAUUUUUCUGUAUGGGUGGUCCCGGGGAUCGAACCCACUAACCUGGCGUUACAUGCGCCGUGCACUACCAGCUGAGCUACAGAGGACCACGACUGAUCAUGUCUUUGUCAGUGGGCAGACGUACAAAAUCAGCAGUGGAUCAAAUACUUUUUUCCCCUCACUGUAUGAGAUUUGUGCAGUAAGCUAUAGGCCCAAUACAUUAUCACUGGAUAUUGGCUUUGCUUGAAUUGCCCUGCCAAAUGUAUUAUUCGGGCCAUUUCAAAAUAAAUAUAUAUAUUAAUUUUUUUAAACAUUUGAGGUAGUCAAUAUGAUCACACCGGUAAUAGGUCCGUUGUUGUAUUACUUGUGAGGCACAGCUGAGUGAGCAUACAUUUAAAUCAUUAGCUUUUUAUUUUUAUUUUACUGGGCUGAUGGUGCCUGCAUCUGAUGAUCAGUCUCAGCAGAGGGAGAGAGCAGCAGACUGAGAGUCCGCCUCUCAACAUCCGUACGCACUCUCUUUCCUCUACUGACCAAAAAGGGACACAGUCUUCCAGCUGAUAGCGAAACUCGAGUCGCAACGCAUUAUUAACAACGCAAGCCUAUAGAUACACUUUCCCACUCAUUCAUUACUACUGCAGUAUUUGUUGUAUCGCUGAGUGGAAAUGGGAAGAACGCACAUUUAAUGGCUUAUAAAAGUGUUAAAUACAUAGUGUUGACAGUGCUGAGUAAGAACUUAAACAUGAACUCAUAAAAACAGCAGCUCUUUGCUGUAUUCGUUGACAGUCUCUAGUGAUGGUUUUGAAAUCUCACAGUAUCAACUUUGCUGUAGAUUUAUUUUUGCCUGCAGACACGGUAAUCUGAGCCAUCCGAUUGGCCAGCGGUAGGCUUAUGGUACACUUGAUUUGCUCUCCGGGCCUGCCGGGAAGGCACAGUUUGUACCUUCAGACACAUGAAAUGGUUCAAAAUGGCAACCGUUCGCCUACCCGGCGUGCGGGGCAGCUGAAUCUGGUGUACCUACCGCCAACAGCCCAAGACGACCCUAAAAAUAAAUAAUAGGAACGCAAGGCUUUAUUGUUUGUUUACAGAAAUGUUUGAUCGAUCGACUAGGAAUGGCUUGGAGAUCGACAAGUCGAUAGCGAUCAACCGGUUGGUGACCACUUCUCUAGAAAGUUGAGUGAAGUUCGAUCUCGUGCUUCUCUCAUGGGUUGAUAUUUCUUCUGAGCAGCAGUCUCGGGGCUGCUGCUCGCCCGCAGCUUAGAAGGAACAUUGGUCAGAACGCAAUCAUGGUUGCAUUAAGACACCGUGGAGCCGGCGUGAGAUAUGGGUCGGAAAACGUACCUCAAUGCAGGGAUGGGCUACGCCGCCGCACUCCAAAUGUUACCUUUAUCCACACUGCUCCAUCGAGAAGAUAGAAAUACUUCUAAUGUUCCCAGGAAACUGCAAUUUGCGUCCUAAUGCUAGCUAGCAGUAGCCACCGCAGCCAUUUUGGAAUGGCAGUGUCAGCCAAUCUGCUCUUUUUGUUGUUCAAUGUGAGUGCCAUUCCAUAAUGUCUGCUGUGGCUACUGCUAGCUAUCAUGAGGACGACAAGGGCAGUUUUCCAGGAACACUAGCAGUAUUUCAAUGUAAUCGAUGAAGCAGUGUGGUUAAAGGUAACAGACAUUUGGAGUACAGUGGCAUAUCCCAUACUAGCUCUCAAACUCUAGGCGGCGUUCUCCCUACAGUUUCAGCUGUUAGCUCACCCACGACUGGCUCAUGUGAACUACAAUCCCGACACUGUGUUUUAACGUUUAGAAAUGUCAAUCAUCGCUUGCAAUACGGCUUUCGAAUCAUAUGGCCCUUUCAUCAGCGAGAAAGAAUCCUUCAAAUAAAAAAGAUGCACUUACUGUAGCAGUUUUGCACAGAUCCAGAUAGCUAAUUAGCACAGGUGGUUGCCUCUUUUCCAUAAACAAGCGUUGUAACAUGGAGAUAUGGCCAUGUGGGAACACUAUUUUAUUUUAUUUUUCUCGCUGAUAUGAAAGAUAAGGUCCUUAUGCUUCCAAAACCAUACCGCAAGCAAUGUUAAUGUUCAGACCGAUAAAAAGGGAAACCUAGUUAAUUUUUUGUUAUUUAAUUAAUCUCUCCUGGUUUGUCUUUCAAGCAUCCACGUUGGUUUGCAUCUUCCUGAUAUCCAAUAAGGAGGGGACUUGCAGUGCGUGGCGCGUCUCAAAUAGAACCAAGUAGGAUGCAAGAAUUGAGCCUAACGGGUAGCCAGCAGCCUUACUUUCCCGUUGAACUCAUCUUUCUUCUCGAAUCCGCAGGACAUAAAACAAUAUAGAGGUAAAAUGGAUAUCGAUUUGAGACAUGACAUUUAGUAUUUUCAUAUUUUAGUAUACACUUUUCAUAUUAAUUUGAAAUUCCUGUUAUAUUUCAAAGGUUUCUCACAAAAAUGUGCGUUUUGUCUGUGAAAUGUCAACUGAGCACUGAGUGUAUACCAAGCUUUUUAUUUUCAAAGCCUUUUACAUUUAAUUCAGCUCAUGUCAUGCUAACUUAGCUUUUUGCGACCGGCAGAAACAACUUUGAAGACGACGACCAUAAAAUGUAAAAUCCUCAAAAGUUGUUACGAGAAACAUGCACCGCUAUGUCAGAGCUCUGUGCUUAUGAUCAGAUGUAUUGGGUUAUGAAAUCUGACUUUUUGGAUAGAGCGCAUUCGGGAAGUUUUCAGACCCCUGCCCUUUUUCAAAAUGUUACGUUACAGCUUUAUUCUAAAAUGGAUAAAAUAAAAUAAAAUCCUCAUCAAUCUACACACAAUACCCCAUAAUGAGCGAAAACAGGUUUUUAGUCAUUUUCGCAAAUGUAUUAAAAAUAAACAGACCUUUUAUUUACGUAAGUAUUCAGACACUUUGCUAUGAGACUUGAAAUUGAGCUCAGGUUCAUCCUGUUUCCAUUGAUCAUCCUUGAGAUGUUUCUACAACUUGAUUGGAGUCCACCUGUGGUAAAUUCAAUUGAUUGGAAAUUAUUUGGAAAGGCACACACCUGUAUAUAUGAAGUCCCACAGUUGACAGUGCAUGUCAGAGCAAAAACCAAGCCAUGAGGUGGAAGGAAUUGUCCGUAGAGCUCCGAGACAGGAUUGUGUUGAGGCACAGAUCUGGGGAAGGAUAACAAAACAUUUCUGCAGCAUUGAAGGUCCCCAAGAACACAGUGGCCUCCAUCAUUCUUAAAUGGAAGAAGUUUGGAACCACCAAGACUUCCUAGAGCUGGCCGCCCGACCAAACUGAGCAAUCGGGGGAGAAGGGCCUUGGUCAGGGAGGUGACCAAGAACCCGAUGGUCACUCUGACAGAGCUCCAGAGUUCCUCUGUGGAGAUGGGAGAACUUUCCAGAAGGACAACCAUCUCUGCAGCGCUCCACCAAUUAGGCCUUUAUGGUAGAGUGGCCAGGUGGAAGCCACUCCUCAGUAAAAGGCACAUGCCCGCUUGGAGUUUGCCAAAGGCACCUAAAGGACUCUGACCAUGAGAAACAAGAUUCUCUGGUCUGAUGAAACCAAGAUUGAACUCUUUGGCCUGAAUGCCAAGCGUCACGUCUGGAGGAAAGUUGACUGAUGUUCAAUCUCGUGCUUCUCAGCACGGGCUGAUAUUUCUUCUGCGCAGCAGUCCCGGGGGAGCUGCGUGCCCGCAGUUUAGAGGGAAUAUUGCCGAUAGGUACUUAGCAUAGUAGGAGGCCCUUCCUUCUCUUUCUAGAACAAGACGUCCCUGCUGUGUACCGACGAACCUGUCAUUUUCUACUUGUAGAAUCGCAAUGCUUGUCAGUGGCCGAGAACUUGACUUUGAGCCAAUCGGAGAGCACAAACCUCCACGUCGGGGAGCCGACAGAAGUGACAAGAAAAAUAAAGAGGGCACUUUUCCCGGUGUAAUCCACCCCCAUUUCAUCAGAUUUAUUCUAACUAAAACAAAGCUGCAUAUUUUUUUUCUAGAUCAAGUCUAUACAUAUUUUACAUAUAGCUAAGGAGUUUUGUGCAUUUUUUUUGUUGGGUUCAGUUUGAUAAUGUGCACAUGCUCGUUAGCUAGCUAACAUUAGCUUGCUAACUGAGCCAGGCAGUCACACACUUCAUAUGAAACGAUUGGGGUGGUAAGUGCAGCACAAUGCACACGACACUAAAUGCUUUACCAAGCUAGCUACCUAGCAAGAUGACAAAUAAAAAAAUUUAUUCACACUAUUAUCCCAUACUGCUAGUUCGCGUUCUAGCUAAACAGUUCGCAUCGCCAUUUAGCACAAUAUAGCUAGCUAACUUCUCCACUGACUCGCAGCAGCUUCAUUCAAAAACAAAUCCAUUGUGAUUUAAUUAUAAUGUUGCUAGUUAUCUAGUUUUGGCCAUCUGGUUAGUAUCAACAUGGGCUUACUGCAAAUGCUAGCUAGCAACAGCAUUCACGCAGCUUGCUAGUUAGCUUACAUUAGCUACAGCAAGCACAAGCCAAACGAGCUAGUGCAACCUGGCAUGUUUAAACAAAGCAAAUCUGAAGUAAAACUGUUCUGUGAACAAAAAGUUAACUGCUGACACCCCUGGGCAGAGUUGCUAAGUACCUACCUAUCGGCAGUCAGAUUUGUGUGUCUGACCUUUAAAAUUAGGCAGGAAACAAGUCAGAGGAGGUUUUUUGGAAAUGGCAUCUCAACAGUACAUAACCUGCACCUGUUGCACUUUGGUGGUUUGGUUGCCUUUGACAUUGACACACGCAGAGAUUGAGAUACUUGAUCUCAAUGGUUUGUACCCCUGUGCACACAUUUUAAAAGGAAAGUGGUUAGAUUUAGCAUUCCAGUGUGAUCAAAAAAGCAUGUUUUCAUCAUGUAUCGGUUACAUCACAAUGUGAAAAACUGAAAAUAAAGAUAAAAUGUAUUGUUUAAGUGUAAAAGCCUUUGCUUCAGUGUUACUCAAACAUGAAAUUCAUUUUGUUCUUUGUUUCUUCUCCAGCCAGAACAUGGAAGAUCCUCUCCUUUGUAGUUGCCCUUCCGGGGGUUGCAGUGUGCAUGUUGAACAUGUACCUGAAGAUGCAGCACCAUGCUGCACACCAUGUGGAGCCCGAGUUCGUCCCAUACAGCCACCUUCGCAUUCGCAGCAAGGUCUGAUUCAAGUUUUUUUUUUUUAUGUAUGGCAAAAUACUAAAUGCAGACAGUUAUUGUUGCAAAACACAUCUCUCUAUGAUCAUAUACUUUUUGGGAUUAUAGUCUCUUUAAUUUUGCCUGGAGUAUUUACACAUUUUUAAUGUGCCCCCUGUUAGUUGAAUUUGUCAUUAUGUUAACUUGACUCUUGUCUCUCACCAGCGUUUCCCAUGGGGUGAUGGCAACAAGAGCCUGUUCCACAACCCUGAAUUGAAUGCCCUCCCUGAUGGCUAUGAAGGACGUGACGAGUGAGAUCUCUCCCUCCAGACCGCCUCAUACACUGGGACCAGAGUCUUCCCUCAAUUCUUUACUGUUACUAGACCACACUCUCCAAACAGUUUACUCUCCUCUAUUCCAUAAUGUUUACCUAUGUGCACUUGUCACAAGGGACUCAAUGUUAGUUACAUUUUUCUGGACCAUUUAACACAAUGUGUGCUUAAACUUAACUAAAAUAAAUAUUACUGAAAUGUGUGUUUUGUCAUUAACUCAAAAAAUGUACACUCAGGUGGUUUCUAAUGUCUGUUUCUCUAUCGAUUAAGUCUGCUAUGUUUGGAGUGACAAAAGGAGUUUAGAAAUUCGUGUUUCAGAACGACGCACUGUUUGACCCUAUUUGCUUCCCCUUCUUUCACAUGACUAACUUCUUGUGACUCGCAUUCUUCUAGCAAGCGAGUAGCUAUCGUUAGUUUCUCUGUUUUCAAUUGUCUAUCAAAUUGUCUGUAACAAAGGAGUCAAGUUUUGUAAAGUUAAGAAAUGUGAAAGUAUUGUUGUCCGGCUGAGAUGGCAACUUUAAAUGUAUUACUUUGAAGACCUGGAGAAAGACUGCGUCAACAUCAUUUGGAAGCAGCUUGAUAGGUUGGGUAAGGUAAAUGUCAGCCAGCUGGUAGCUUGCUAGACAUGAAAAUUCUGAUUUGUGAAAUUACGCUUCUAGCUAACGUUACAUGCUAGUAUAAAUACUUUGGGCUAUUCUGUUCAGUGUGUGGUCUUACGUUUUUUUAAUCAAGCAGUCGCUAAUUGCCACCAGUUGGUUCAAUAGCGAAGGCAUGGCAUAUCAAAUUAUGAAAAACAGUAGGCCUAGCUGUCUGCAUUGUACCUUGCUACGAUAUAACAUUCACAAGUAAUGAAUGCACUUGUUUUAUUAAUCACCGGCUUUAUAAAGGUAGGGAGUGUGUGGAGGACAGACUGAGAGAAGAAGAACAACCAAUGGCAGCUAUGGCUGAGAUCAUUGUGCCUGACUCAAGAAGGUGGGACUGUCACCUCUGAUCUGAGGUUCUAUUAUAAUUCAUGCCCUUCAUUGAAUUCCUAUCCUUUUUUUUCUGCCAUGCAAUAGUCCCUACUUGGGUUUCUAAUGUUAGUAUGGGUAUUUUCCACUCAAUCAGAUUUCUUGGUGAUUUGCAGAUGCAUCAACUUCUUCCUAUAUGAUGGGUCAAAGGUCAAGGGUGAGGGUGACCCUACAAGAGCUGGCAUCUGCUACUUCUAUCCUGAAGAGGUAGGGACGUCAGAAGUGUGUAUGUGUUCCCUAGAUGAGAUUAUUGAUACUGUGUAUUAAGAAUGAUUACUUGAUUGUGUUAAUGAUCCCCUACCAAUUGGAUGAGUAGAGUGAAGGAUGGUUCUUUGCCUUUGAUUUCUUCCAGACGCCUCUGGAUAAGCAGGAGCUGCUUUGUGGGCAGCUGGCAGGCGUGAGCCGCUGUGUCUCUGAGCUCUCCUCCUCCCCUGUACGUCUGCUCAGGCUGCGGCGUAGCAAGUUCGCCAUCCGCAUGAAAGACAACUUUUUGUGGGUGAGUUGCGCCAUAAUCUUGUUACUAGACACUUCCGCCCGAGGUUAGUUGCACCGUAGCCUGAAACCACACCACACCAUAGUGCAUAGUUGUCAUAUAUGUCAAAGUCUAUAACAUAUCUUCAGAUGUUUGAGCAAAAGGUUACAGAUAAGGUGCUAUGGUCUUAUUGAUACAUUCACCGAUAUCUCGGAUGGAUAGACUAUUGUAAUGAGAAUGCUCAUCCCCUAAACCGGUCUUUCUUUAGUGAUGUUUUUGUCUAUCCAUCCCCUGUGUAUAUGUCAUAAUUACUCUCCAUGUUGCCCUCCCUCAGGCCUUAAGCUGUUCAUUGGAAAUACCAGACGUCAGUAUAUGUGACUUCCUGGAUCAGCUGAUAAAUCUCUUUAGUUUCUGUAACGGCCCUAUCCGCCAGAGCUACCAGGUACAUUCAUCUCUAACACUUAAUAGUGAUGGGAAGUUUGCGUAUUUUUACUGACUGGUCUUUUCGACUCAUUCAGUCAAAAUAAGAAAUCUUUCGACUCCUUUUGUUCAUUUUAAUCAGUAAUGCCCAGAACACGCAGGACCUCCUACCGGCGAACGAUGAACUGAAAUGUCGUCAGGGCCGGUUCCCCCGGUGGCCCUAAGCGACCGCUUAUGUCACUUAUGCCUGGAACCGGCCCUGACGACGUGAACGAGAGGCUUGUAGAAUCAUGACUCUUGAGUUUUCAGUUCAUCGUUCGCCGGUAGGAGGUCCUGCGUGCCCCCUAUGGUGAACGAGAUGUGACCUCCAGCGCCCCCCCCCCCCCCCCCCCAUUUGAUUUUGUUAGCCAUUCUCACUCAGAUAUCAUAUUAACAUGGCAUAAGUCAUUACAAAAUGUGUAGAAUUGCAUGAAAUUCACUUUAAAACUAAAGAAAAUUAUCUCCACCGUCAAGAAGGGGGCCACUAAAAUUUUUGCCAUAAGGUGGGGAGUCCCCCAACCCAGUCUCGCUUAGGGCCCUUAAAAGGCUAGAGCCGGCCCUGCAUGUGGUUCACCAUAGGAUGCUUAUUGGAGCUGUCAUUUGUGACACAUGUAAAAGUGUGCUUUAAACAAUGUACAUUUGUUGAUUACUAGGAAUACAAAUAAGAUUAUUUCUUCAUACGUUUGAAACGAGGUCUACUUGUGGGCGCAACCGGACUAGAUUCUGAGCUACUCUUGGCGGAAAGCAUUGCUUGACUGCCGUGAGGGUGAUAAGCAUAAUAUUGUCAGAACUGCAGCCCUCCAAACUAUUCGUUUUCGAGUGUGUUGAGCAGAGGCUGUGUAUGUUUUGGUUCUGUAAAGCUGUGUCCAUCAUAACAUUCAAUAAUCAAUUCAUUGAAUUAAUUAUUGAACCAUGCAAUCAAUUAUCAGUUCUAAUAAACAUGUCAUUUUGCUCUUUAUGCUGCCUACAGCAUGGUCUGUUUUCCUUCGCGUAGGCCUAUAUAUGACAGACAGUUGGUAGUCGGAUCGCGUCUCUGGAGCUGCUGAGCCAGAGGAGCAUGUAUCAAUCUUGUUGUAGGACUCAUUGCGGCCAGCUGAUCAAACGAAAAACGAAUCCUGACUCUCGAGUCAGUAAAAAGAGGCGUUCGAAAAUAAAUGAAUCGUUGCGAACUGCACAUCACUAACACUUAUCUUAGCUGUGUACAGUCGUGGUCAAAAGUUUUGAGAAUGACACAAGUAUUGGUCUUCACAAAGUUUGCUGCUUCAGUGUUUUUAGAUAUUUUUGUCAGAUGUUACUAUGGUAUACUGAAGUAUAAUUACAAGCAUUCCAUAAGUGUCAAAGGCUUUUAUUGACAACUACAUUAAGUUUAUGCAAAGAGUCAAUAUUUGCAGUGUUGACCCUUCUUUUUCAAGACCUCUGCAAUCCGCCCUGGCAUGCUGUCAAUUAACUUCUGGGCCACAUCCUGACUGAUGGCAGCCCAUUCUAUGCUUGGAGUUUGUAAGAAUUUGUGGGGUUUUGUUUGUCCACCCGCCUCUUGAGGAUUGACCACAAGUUCUCAAUGGGAUUAAGGUCUGGGGAGUUUCCUGGCCAUGGACCCAAAAUGUCGAUGUUUUGUUCCCCGAGCCACUUAGUUAUCACUUUUUCCUUAUGGCAAGGUGCUCCAUCAUGCUGGAAGAGGCAUUGUUCGUCACCAAACUGUUCUUGGAUGGUUGGGAGAAGUUGCUCUCGGAGAAUGUGUUGGUACCAUUCUUUAUUCAUGGCUGUGUUCUUAGGCAAAAUUGUGAGUGAGCCCACUCCCUUGGCUGAGAAGCAACCCCACACAUGAAUGGUCUCAGGAUGCUUUACUGUUGGCAUGACACAGGACUGAUGGUAGCACUCACCUUGUCUUCUCCGGACAAGCUUUUUUCCGGAUGCCCCAAACAAUCGGAAAGGGAAAUUACUUUACCCCAGUCCUCAGCAGUCCAAUCCCUGUACCUUUUGCAGAAUAUCAGUCUGUCCCUGAUGUUUUUCCUGGAGUGAAGUGGCUUCCUCGCUGCCCUUCUUGACACCAGGCCAUCUUCCAAAAGUCUUCGCCUCACUGUGCGUGCAGAUGCACUCACAUCUGCCUGCUGCCAUUCCUGAGCAAGCUCUGCACUGGUGGUGCCCCGAUCCGGCAGGUGAAUCAACUUUAGGAGACGGUCCUGGUGCUUGCUGGACUUUCUUGGGCGCACUGAAGCCUUCUUCACAACAAUUGAACCUCUCUCCUUGAAGUUCUUGAUGAUCCGAUAAAUGGUUGAUUUAGGUGCAAUUUUACUAGCAGCAAUAUCCUUGCCUGUGAAGCCCUUUUUGUGCAAAGCAAUGAUGACGGCACGUGUUUCCUUGCAGGUAACCAUGGUUAACAGAGGAAGAACAAUGAUUUCAAGCACCACCCUCCUUUUUAAAGCUUCCAGUCUGUUAUUCUAACUCAAUCAGCAUGACAGAGUGAUCUCCAGCCUUGUCCUUGUCAAUACUCUCACAUGUGUUAACGAGAGAAUCACUGACAUGAUGUCAGCUGGUCCUUUUGUGGCAGGGCUGAAAUGCAGUGGAAAUGUUUUUUUGGGAUUAAGUUAAUUUUCAUGGCAAAGAGGGACUUUGCAAUUAAUUGCAAUUCAUCUUAUCACUCUUCAUAACAUUCUGGAGUAUAUGCAAAUUGCCACCAUAAAAACUGAGGCAGCAGACUUUGAAAAUUAAUAUUUGUGUCAUUCUCAAAACUUUUGACCACGACUGUACAGCAAUCUGUCAUAUCCAUAUCAUGUCCUAUUUUCACAUAGAUGUGUGUUAAUCAAGGAAUUGUUUUUUGCUAAUGCUAAAUAUGCCUCCCUCUGAUUUGCAUUGCUUUAAGAUGUACAGUCAGGAAGAUUUAGCUGUUCGAUGGACCCGGUACCUCUCCCACUUACAAGGAGGUGCCACUGAACUGCACCACAUCUUCAGUGUCUUGAGCACCAUUGACUCUACACAUGUAAGUAAUAAGAAGUCUGUUGGGCAUGAUAUCGGUAAGGUUUGCUACCUCAGAUAAUAUCAUACGGUUGCUUAUUUUAUUAAAUUCACUCAUACAAUUACUAUGUAUUCUAUCUAUUUCAUUUAUAUUUUUAGUUGAUUUACUUCUGGCCUAGCCUGGCAAUUAUUUCCUUGUUUCAUGCAUGUCAUUUUGAUUCUCAGAUUGACCCCCUUCUCCUACUCAAGGCUGCCCUCAUUCUGCAGGCCUGUCAACGCUGCCCCCUUGUGUUAGCUGGUUGUGUACUUUACUGUGGGAGGUAAGCGGUCUGACCUUUGCAGCAGCAAAGUGCUGGAAUAGUUAACCACAGAUUAGAACCAGACACGAACUGUAUAUAUAAACGUGUCUUUGCUCCAUAGGGUUGUCAGCACACAGAUGCCCCCUGAUCUCACAGUGAAAGUCAUGGUUCAUGAAACGGAAACAUACAAACAGGUAGAUAACAAUGGCUGAUAAUUUAGGUGCUUCUCUCAUUUGAGAUUUUAAUUUGAUCUUGUGAUCAUCUUAAUUAGUUGAGAUUCGUUGGGUUGUUGUAUUAUGCAUCAAUAUCUUAAUACAAAAGCUAUACUUAAGAUUGUUUUACAAAGUCAGCAGUUUGUUUAGUCACAGGCCUCGCCAUACAUUUUUGCUUAUGCUUAUAUAUUGCUCUAGGACCAGAGACCCAAUGGACUGAGUUCCUCCAGCUCUUCUGGCAGCACUCCUCUAUCUAGCCCAGUGACCUCCACCACUGUGUUCCUGACCGCCACUGAACUACAGUAUCUCCGCUCCUCUCCCGUGGACAGAGAAUCCAGGUACUUCACCCCCCUCCACUGUAUAAAGUAUAUCCUUUUCUGGUAAACAAUAACUAGAGUGAGUUACAAGAUGUUCCGUCCUGAUACAGUAAGCUCAAAGCCAAGUGAAAGUGAGGGUUAGACAAGUUUGGAAUGGUUGCCUCCCUGAUAUGAGGGUAAAUCGUUGAGCCUCUGUCUGUCCUGCAGAUCCCAAUCUACCCAAUCUACUCCAAAGGAAGUAAACCGACCUAGGAAGUCCCGCCUCCUGUCAAGAACCCUAUCUGACACACCAACCACUGAUCUGCUUGACCCAGACCCCACCCACUACGCUCCACUAUCCCUCCAUUAUCCCUCCACCCCCCAGUCAACUAUAUCUGAUGAGUUGCUAUUUAGCCCAAGUCCUUCAUUUCACACUCCUGGCCCUCUCAGUCCUUCACCUAUCAAGGUCGCUCCAAAGACCUCUGGUCAUACCUUGUCCAAUGGAAAGCUGUCCCAUGAGGUGGAGGAAGGUGUCACAGGAAGUUUGUACGACCACAGUUUUAACAGCAUAGAUGGUGGGAGAGAUGAGUCGGGUCUUGCAGGAGGAGGCAGGUCAAUGCAAAACAAGGACCUGCGUCACGUCAGUGGACAGAAUGGAGGUAGUAUUGUACUGGGUGGAGAGAAAGCUGGAGCCCUCAGGUUCAGAGGUCAGGAGUCCCCAGAGCCUGGCAGUCAGAGGAUGGGGAAUGUGGCAGAGAAGGAGGUGUUUAAGGAGAAGGAGGGACAGGGGGGUAAAGGUUUACUGCAGGCUGACACUUGUGAUGUGCCCCCCUACUCUUCUUCACCCUGUGAGAACUCUAUAGAGGCCCCUCUGCUCCCCAUGUCGUUGUACCAGCACAGGGUGAGAGGGCUGGUACUGGCCCUACUGGUGGAGCCAAAAUUCCACAGUGACACUGCAGCCACGGAGGAAGUGGUGAGGAACUUUUGGGGAAUAUGGGAGGGAUAUGAAUGUUUGUUCAUGCAUGAGUGUUCCACAAGAGUUUCCUCCUUUUGGACCACCACCUGUGUUCAACCGUUAUGAAAUUAAAUGUCUACUAUUGCCCUACAUGUUAGUACAGCAGUUUGAUAUUUGGUCUACUGUCUCAUCAUGUGGUUUAUGCUCAGUAUCACAGCAGCCUGGCAUCUUUGAACGGACUGGAGGCACAUCUGAGGACCACUGUUCCAGGGGCCCCCGGCCCACAUGGACCAUACACCUUUGCACACUUUGACUGUAUACAGAACACGCUCACAAGUGAGGCUCUAAUAUUCUCAGAAUAUUCUAUACUUAUUUUUUCCACCUUUGUCUGACCCUUACCUUUUCCCUCUCUCUCUUUGUCUGUUUUUGUCUGAUAUUUAUGGAACCAUGUCUUUCAGUUUCCCAGUGUUGACCUUACUGUUAGAGUGAGUAGUAAGCUCCGUGCUUUGCAGUAGCUGAUUGGGAUGUUUUGGGGCAUUUUGUGUUAGCUGAUUUGGAUAUUUUGGGGUACUUACCGGUCAUUUGAGCAACUAGGACCCUGUACACGAUCUCAGGCUUUUUUCUUGCAUGGUUGAUUGUCCUCCAUGUUUGUGUGGUAUUUGUAACGAGUGACUGCUGUGUGUCCCUGCAGCCAACCUGUCUGGCAGGCCAGGGGGAGCCCAGGAGUGUUCCUUUGUGAGAGCCACAUCACUGCUCCACUCGCAUUUCUCUCACACUGAAGCUCUGCAGGAGGCUAUUGUCAGGUCAGUAUGACAAGCAGUGAUGGAGGGGGCUCUCACCAUGCGUUACUCCUCAAGCCAGAUAAUGGGGGAAGGGGAACAGAGGCCAUCAUUAUGUCGUUUGUAUUAUCUGAAAAGAUAAGUCCUUGAGUGUUUUGGCAUUGAGUUGUAUGUAUAAUGUUUAUACACAAUGUUUAUACCACAGGAGCGCGGGUACAGCUGUGUACGGGACCCGCAGUGUGGCCCAGGAGACGUACUUCCUGCAGCAAGGUGGAGCGUUGAGAAACUCUGGUAUUCCUAACCACCAGGACAGCGCUUUCUCUCUGCCCAGCAAGGCCCGACACAGAUUAAUGAAACAUGGGGUAAACCUGCUCUGACUGACCGUGGCAAGGAGAGUUCCACCAGCACCUUUCUCCACUCAGUCACUGCUCUGAAUAUGAUCCUAUUUAAAUUCAGUUCAAACACUGUACUUACACUGAUCCUUUCUGCCAAGGUAAUAUAAGCACUCUUAAAGAAUUAUAGGAAGUUGGAUGUAUUUAGCUUUUUCUGUUAUUGCGUGGAGUUUAAGAAAUGUCUGCUUUAUCUGUAAUGUCGUCACUUGUCUGCUUUGCUGCAUGGUUCUUUCACUAUCUUGGUCAGGUCAUUAUUGUACAACAGAAUGUGUUCUCAAUAACCAACCUGGUUAAAUAAAAUAAGCUAUUUACCAGAAUUGUGGUCAAGUCCUACACUGUGUUGUGUUAAUGUGCACAGGGCCAUGGUCUUUGUCAAACUG